AUAGCUAUCAUAUCAUCCAUCUCAAUUCUUUUCCACGUCGCAGCUUCUGCCAAUUGGCUCAAUCCGUAUCACAGAAGCUCCUUUGUCCAUGAGCGUCACCGUCGUUCUUGGUUCACAAUGGGGAGAUGAAGGCAAAGGCAAGCUAGUCGAUAUCCUAUCGGCUGACUUCGACAUCUGCGCGCGAUGCGCAGGCGGUAAUAAUGCCGGACACACAAUCGUUGUGCCUGUUGGACCGGAGAAAGUGAAGACUACCUUUGCUUUCCAUCUUCUCCCAAGUGGUCUUGUAAACCCAACAUGUGUGGGCCUGAUUGGUUCUGGAGUUGUAGUUCAUGUGCCUUCCUUUUUUAAUGAGCUCGACGCCUUGGAACAGCAAGGCCUGAACUGUUCAGAUAGAAUAUUUCUUUCAGAUAGAGCUCAUCUCGUGUUCGACUUCCACCAAAUUGUAGACGGCCUGAAGGAAGUGGAGCUCGGUGGUUCCAGCAUCGGAACCACGAAGAAAGGGAUAGGCCCGGCUUAUUCCGGGAAAGCCUCUCGUUCGGGCCUCCGAUUUCGCAGGAUCGUGGAGGGUCGUUUCAAGCGCUAUGGUCAUUUCGAAUAUGAUACAGAGGGCGAGAUUGCGCGCUAUAAGCUUCUUGCACAGCGGUUAAAGCCCUUCGUUGUCGAUAGCGUACAGUAUAUUCAUGGCGCGCUGGCGGCGCGCAAGAAAGUCCUUGUUGAAGGUGCAAAUGCGCUCAUGCUUGACCUGGAUUUUGGGACCUAUCCCUACGUCACCUCAUCGUCUACCACAAUUGGCGGUGUAUGCACUGGUCUUGGCAUACCUCCUAAAGCGAUUGGGCACACCAUUGGAGUUAUCAAGGCAUAUACCACUCGAGUUGGAGGAGGACCAUUUCCAACUGAGCAGCUUGACCACAUUGGCGUCCACUUCCAAGAAGUCGGAAAGGAGUAUGGCACUACCACAGGCCGAAGGAGACGUUGCGGCUGGCUGGAUCUCGUCGUUAUGAAACACUCAUGCCUCAUAAACGGUUAUGAUUCACUCAACCUAACGAAACUAGAUGUCUUGGAUGAAUUAGAGGACAUCAAAAUCGGGGUCAAGUACAUGAUCGAUGAUAAAGAACUCCAAUACUUCCCAGCCGAUCUUGAUGUUCUGGCUAAAGUCACAGUGGUCUAUGUGACACUUCCUGGGUGGAAGACGCAAAUAACGUCGAUAACAUCGUUUGACGACCUCCCAGAUAAGUGCAAGAGUUACGUAGGAUUCAUUGAGAAUUUCUUGGGUACGCCUAUAGAGUGGAUAGGUGUGGGACCAGGACGUGAAAGUAUGCUGAAGAAGACCGGCAGGAUAUUAAUGUCGAAUUAGCAUGCAAUACAAGUUCAAACUCCUAGACAAAGUAUUAGACUAUUCUAGCACCUUAUUCUCACGCCUACCGGUGGUUCUGCGUAACCGUGUUUGGUCUCUCCUUCGUC